CGCGGGCGGGCGGAGGCUCGCGCCGGCCGCAGGAGCUCCGGUCGCCGCCACUCGCGGCGCACGUGCGACUGCUGCCGUGCGCUGAGCUCCCGCCCCGCGGCUGCUUUGUUGCCUCUGGGCCGCCGGCACCAUGCACACGCCGGGCUCUGUGGGUUCGGGCGACGCGCAUGCGGUUGACAUCAUGGACAUCUGUGAGUCGAUCCUCGAGAGGAAGCGGCAUGAUAGCGAAAGGUCCACGUGCAGUGUCUUGGAGCAGAAUGACAUUGAGGCCGUCGAGGCCCUUGUCUGCAUGAGUGCCUGGGGUCAAAGAUCCCAGAAAGGGGAGCUAUUAAAGAUGAGACCCCUCACACCUGUCUCUGACCCUGGGGAUGUCACUGCCAUGGUGCAUGUUGACACAGCCACACCGGAGCUACCAAAGGACUUCGAUUCUUUAUCGACUCUGUGCAUGACUCCUCCUCAGAGCCCUGAUCUCAUUGAGCCAUCGACAGGGACACUUGUUCCUUCCCAAGUAACUGAGUCCAAAGCAUGCACGGUCCUGGCCAGCCCGCCAGCCUCCGCUGGGGCAGUGCCGAGCGGGAAGGCGGAGCCCCUGGAGCCAGCCCCCAGCCCCUCCUGCGGGCCCAUGGUGACGAGUGUCAGCCCCCACACUGGGGGGAGUCCGCCUCCUGGCCACAUUCCUGCCGCCCAGAUUCGAGAGCGCCAGCCUUCCGUCCGAGGGGGAGAAGCACCGUUCCUGGGCCGGCUCGGAGCUCUGCUGGCCGCGCAGCUCGCCGACCGUCUACCGGGCGCCGACUCCCCGUCCUGUCAGCCUUGCGUGGACAAGUCUGGUGGCCUGAUCCCCGCCGACAGAGGCCAGCAGGCAGGGUGGCCUGUCGCAGUUCAAACCUGCUCACCAAAGAAUUAUGAAAGUGACUUGCCGAGGAAAGCCACCCCUGUGAUUUCUGUCCCCGUCCCCAGUUCCCCCGUCUUUUGCCAAAUGAUCCCUGUGACUGGACAGAGUGGCGCGUUUCCGGCUUUUUUGAAGUCCCCUCCGCAGCUGUCCGCGGGGACCGUGAAGCCCAUCCUGCCGCAUGCUGCUCCGGCGGCCCGGCCUGUGUUCGUGGGGCCGCCCGUGCCCCAGGGAGCCCUGAUGCUGGUCCUGCCCCCCGGGGCCCUGCCCCCGCCCGCCUCCCCCUGCGGGGCGGCCGCGGGCGGCCCCAGGCUCCUGCCCCUGGCCCCCGCCCCAGUGUUCAUCACGGCCGGCCAGAGCUGCACCCCUCAGGUAGACUUUUCCCGAAGGAGGAACUAUGUUUGCAGCGUCCCGGGCUGCCGGAAAACCUACUUCAAAAGUUCCCACCUCAAGGCCCAUCUCCGCACUCACACAGGCGAGAAGCCCUUCAGCUGCAGCUGGGACGGCUGCGACAGGAAGUUCGCCCGCUCCGACGAGCUCUCCCGCCACCGCCGCACCCACACCGGGGAGAAGAGGUUCGCGUGCGCCGCCUGCGACCGGCGCUUCAUGCGCAGCGACCACCUGGCGAAGCACGCGCGGCGCCACGUGACGGCGCGGAGGGCGCCCGGCUGGCAGGCCGAGGUUGGGCCCCUGAACCGGGUCGCCCCUGCCGGGAAGUGUGGGGGCCCCCCGGCGACCCCGCCGGCCUCCGCCUGAAAGAGCACCUUUCAGGAACCGAACUGGUGGCUUUCUCUUCAAAAGAAACUGGUCUUGGGGGGCCGGGAGAAAGUGGGGGGCUGGUUCUGACGCAAGUAUGGUAGCUUUUCCUGUCUCGGUCGGGACCCUGUUCGGUAUCUUUCGUAGUUUCAGAAGUUUGGGUUUUUUUGGUUUUUUAUUUUUUUGAGGAAAUGGAAGAAAAUUUAAGCAUCUGAAUCACCAGCAUUCAAAUAGACAUUUUGGCAAUAAAACGUACACAAUCUGGGUUUUUACAGCCUUUCUAUUCACAUUUUGUAGAAAUGAGACAGGGUAUUAAUUUUUAUACUGUUUUGUAUUAAAAUAUUUAUAUUCUUGGUGUUCAAAUCGCCACUUUCCAGAUAGGUGAUUUUACAGUCUUUUCAGCGUUCAACAAUGUUCUUCGUAAUAACUCUGCUUUGAGUAAAUUUGGCACAUUAUUCAGUGACAAAAAGAAAUGACAAGUGUACAGUCAGCCCCUUCAGAUCUAAGAAUGGGUACAAAUCAGAGCUAGCCGAAUAGGGGCUUCGUAAGGGGGGGGGGGGGAUUUGCAUUUGGCUUUUCACGGCGUUUUCAAGGGAAAGUCCAGGCAACCAUUCCUUGACGGCUUGUAGCCCAAGGAAGUCGAAUUUUGGUGAAGUAGAACUAGUCAUUUCUCUGUGUCCACGGUGUGACCUGUGAAGGGUGUAUCCCAGAGAAUGACUUGGAAUUCCUGAUGGAUGCCCGGUGACCAGGGAGCCGCUGUCGGAUCUGAGCUCUGUGGUUUCGGGGGCCGUGGCUCUGCCGAGAGCAGACUGCUUAGUAGCCCGUUGGUACCUCGGACACCGGAAGGCACGUAGGCACCCGCACCCGACCACUUUGGUAAUGGUCAGCUGACUUCUUUUGCUGUGGCCUUAUUUGUAGUGUUUUGUAGGUGGAGUAACUUCUUAGAGAGGAAGAAAAUGUCCUUAUCGGCUGGAGGAACUUUCCACCAAAGUUCAGUGUAUCUGAGGGCAAGCGUUCCUUUAAUUAUUACGGACUCCAGGAAACGCGACUUCCGCCCAACGGCAGUCCCGCUGCCCAGCUUCCUUGGUUCCUUGCAUGUGAAGGAAAUUGAUCAAGCGGAAUUACUCCGAAUGGGGUAUUUCACAGUCCGCUGAGAGAGCGAGAGCCACGGAGCACUUGGAAUCCGUGUGAUCUCAAGUCCUAGUUAUCCGGAGACCGGGGCCCUGCUAUCCCGGGAAGCCACGGAGAUUGCUUUUGUUGGACGGUGUCCAGAAUCCGGGCAACAGGGGGCGCGCAAGGGACAGACGAAUGUGGCCCUGCGUCGUGAGCCAGGGAACGGGUUUUACUGUGCUGUGCGUGCUUAGACCUUGCCUUUGUGUCUUAGUUAUAUUGGCAUUUACUUUCAUCAGAAUGAUGGUAAGGUGGGAUGUGACAUAAAUACAGUCAGGUUUUCUGUUCGAGUCCUUUUAGUGUGAUAACCGUCACCUGGUCACUCCCUGUAUGUUAACUUGAUAGCCCGAAAAUUGCCCUCUAGUAUCAACUGCUAACUGGCACACACGUCUGAGCACUGGCUGUUACGUUUGGAUGGCUUUCUCGUUUUUGUACACCUGUGUUCAGUAUUCCUGCCGGGUGCAAGAGAACCGUAAUUAACUGUAUUGUAGCUCCAGUUUCCCCCCCUACCCCCCAUCUUUUUUCUCUCCUGCUUACAUCUUAAAUCAGCAUAAACAUUUCUGAUGUAUGUCGUAAAUGGCAUUAAAUUUGUAUAUUCUUAAUUAUGCAAAGUGACGAAGUCUUAGUGUUGAGAAUACGAGGUCUUUGAGAAUUGGAUCGCUCGUCGCAUUAAACUGCAUUCUCUGGGCAGCGUUGUUCCUGAAGAGUAGAUGUGUUAAAACGGUUUUGGUUUCUACUUCCAUUUCCUGAUUCGAUUUAGAAAUGCCUUCUGUGAACUCUCCCCUCUGUUGACUGAAAGACUGUAAAUGAGGAGAGUUUCCAUCUGGAAAACCCUAUCCUGAGAACCAGAACCUUGUGUUACGUCCGCCGGAAGCGGAGCUCGUGCGGCGGCCCCCCUCCCCCACCCUGUGCACUUUAUUGCCUGAGCAAUUUUGCUUGAUCUUUUUUGACUUUGAGCCUUCUGUAGUUUCAAUAAUAAAAUUUUCAAUGUUUUGGAAUUACGUUUUAUGUAACAGACCUGGAUUUCUUAUUUAAAUGAACGUGUGAUGUAGCUUUUUUCUUUGAAUCCUAUAAAACUUUUUUGAUUUGCAAAACUGGA